UUGUUUCAUUUCUGGUUAUCAGGUUUUUGAUUCAUAAUGCGCAUGCCCAGUAACGACAGGAAAUAUUCACAAGCGUGCGUGAAUACGUUUUGAAGAAUGUCUAGAUAUUCAAGACCACCAAAUUCCUCUUUAUAUGUCAGGAAUGUUCCAGAUACAACCAGGGAAGAUGAUUUGAGGGCAAUGUUCGGUAAAUAUGGACACCUUACAGAUGUUUACAUACCACAAGAUUAUUUUACCAGACGUGCCAGAGGAUUUGCUUAUAUACAAUAUGAAGAUCCCAGAGAUGCUGAUGAUGCAUUGUACAACUUGGACAGAACUAGAUUCAUGGGAAGAGAACUGGAGAUAGAAUUUGCAAGAGGGGACAGAAAAACACCAAAUCAGAUGCGAGGAAAGGAAAGAGGGUCAAGAUAUGGUGGUAGGGAUGAUAAUGACAGACGUGGAGGCAGCAGACGACAUAGAUCAAGGAGCAGAAGCCAAAGACGAAGGUCAAGAUCCAGAUCUCGCAGCAGAGAUAGAAGGAGAUCACGCUCCAGGUCAUAUGAAAGAAGACGAUCAAGGAGCAGAAGCAGGGGAAGCAUCCUUCAUAGAUAUCUUAACAGUUUAGCAUGGAGAUCCAGGAGUAGAAGUCGUGGAAGGAAAUCAUACAGUCAUUCUAAAAGUCGAUCAAGGUCAAGGUCACAUGAUAGAAAAGGAAGUGGUGAUAGGGAUAGGGAGAGAUCACGUUCUUAUAGUCGCUCAGCCUCACGAUCACCAAGAAAGAAUGACAGAAGUCGAAGUCCCUCUGCAGAUAAUUGAAUCACCAGUUUUUUUCUCUGGACUUAAUCUUUAUCAGAACUUGCGAUGUAGGCCAAGAGCAGUACUUAACCGAUCUGAUGUAUUAUAUUUGUGAUAAUUUUAUGUUUUUAUGUAAGAACAAGUCAGAUCCAAAUGAACAAUUUUUAUUAUCAUCUUGCAUUUAUGUAAAUAAUCAUGUUCAUUCUACAUGUUGUUAGUGAAGCAGUAAUAAAAUUCAUGACAUAA